UGACACAUUAUUUUCAUUCAAACACAAAAAAAUUGACAAUUCAUGAUUGUAUACAAUAGUCGAUUGUGGAAUGAUAACAUAACAUGAAAAAAUUUCUUUUUUCAUUCAUAUCAUUAGUAGUUGAUUGACAAUUGUUGUCAUUUAUCAUAUUUGCAUCAUAUCCGUGAUAAGCUGCGACAGCUUUUGUUGAAUAAUCACCAUUCUGUUUUUCUUCGAAACCCUUUACAAUCACAUUUUUGUUUUGUUGAUUCAACUUGAUCUCAGCUUGUAUAAUAAUUUUUUCCCAUUUCGAUUUGUGUAAACAAGUAUAUUCAUCAAGUGGUGGUGGUUCCAGUGUUAUAAUCGUACAGAAUAAAUCACUAAUGGCUACCUGUGGUGGAGCUUUGGUCAAAUUGGCCUUGGUAUUGUUUAACCUGGCCUUAUUGUGUAUCGGAAUUUUUCUCACCUAUACUGGCUUUUCAAUUUUCGACAAAAAUGAUCAAGAUUGGGACGUUAUUGUUCAGACAAACUUCAGAACAGGUUCCAUUGUUCUGAUUAUUUUUGGUAUAUUGAUCGCUUUGAUUGCCGCUAUUGGCGCCUUUGGUGCUUGUCUUGAAAGUAGCACUCUAUUGGACGUUUAUGGUUAUAUAAUUUUCUUUUUGGUUAUUGGAGAAAUCGUCCUGUUUUAUUAUAGCUUCAAAUACAAAGAUGAGUUAACCACAAACCUUGAAACGGGCAUAAAGAAAGCCAUACAACGAUAUCCUGGUGAUUCAAAAUUAGCUUAUGGCCUUCAAUUGAUACAGAAAUUUUUCCGUUGCUGUGGUUUCGAAGGUCCCAAUGAUUAUCCUUCUGGUGAUCUUCCUGCUAGUUGUUGCGAUCAAAUGUCCAAAGUAUCGGUACAAAAUCCAGCAGCCAGUUGUCCACGAAAUCAGAUAAUUUUUGAUCAUGGAUGUAAAAAUUCACCAUUCAUUGAAUCAACAUUGGGUUCGGUUACAUAUGCUGCAUAUGCAUUGAUUCUACUACAAUUAAUCGUUAUUUUAAUGGCUUGUUGUCUUUCACGAGAUCUUCGAGCUAUUUAAAAAUAUCGAAGAAGCACUGAAUUUUUACCAAUAAACAAAACACGCUCAUCAUACACCACAUAUAAACUAUCAUCAUCACUUUGUUUUCUUCAUUUUUUUUCCUUUUAACAUACUCUAUAUUUUUAUUUAUACCAAAUAACAAGCAAGCAAAGCAACAAGUUUAACAUUUUUAAAAUUCAUAAUUUCACACA